CGAUUGCACGCAGAGGAGUUUAAGGGAGGAGACACCUUCAGCUCGUAGGGGGGGAGAGAGACAGAGAGAGAGAGAGAGAGAGAGAGUAUUUGUGUAAGUUGUUAUGAGGGAGGGAGGUUAUUAACGGGCCGAUCUUGGAAUCUCUACUUUCCAGAUGGCGAUACUCUGUCCUCGGUUAGACUGGGGAAGAGGUAAGUAUCGCAGUGAGUGGGUAGCGUACAUGUGUUCCGCUUCCGUCCUUCUCUUCCUCUUCUGCUAUUCGUGGCUCAACGAAAUCGGUCAUCUAGGCAGCGUAGGGCUCUCCAAUGGGAGCUUGCCACACCUACUUGAGUUGAAGAAAGCACCCGGCGGAGGAGAAGUCUUAGACGAUGCUGCUGCUGCUGUGUGCGACCGAGCACUGUACCCGCCCUUAGCUGAUCUUAGAGAUGACAAGCUGACACUUAUACUUAGUCGUUUUCUGCCGUCCAGAGUUUCCCUUCUGCGAAGAAAGUUGCUGUUUUUAUCUCGCAUCGAUGUUGUGGAUGCCAUCAUCGUUCUCUGGGGUGAGGCUAAUGCUAGUGUCUCCGUGUUAGAAGAAAGCUUGCAGAGCUAUAGCUAUGGCGAUGGCUAUGGUGAUGGUGAUGGCUAUGGCGCUCCGAUUCGAGUUGUGCUGACUGCGGGCACUUCGGAUUCGCGCUUCCUUCCUCGCACAUUCAUCAGCACUGCCGCGGUGGCCAUCGCCGACGACGACGCCCUGCCAGACGCUGGCAGUUUAGAGUUUGCGCUGAAGGUGUGGCGGGCCAAUCGAGGCCGCAUUGUCGGACUCUUUCCCCGGUCCCAUGAGUAUUACACUCCGAAUGGGACUUGGGAGUACCUGCAUUCACCUACUUCUCGACUCUCCAUGAUAUCAAGCAGGUUCAUGCUGCUAUCGACCCAGUAUUUGUUCGAUUACACGUGUCACAAUGCUCCGUGGGUUCGGGAGUUGGUCAAGAGGGAGGGGGGGGCCUGCGAGGAGAUUGCCAUGAAUUUUCUUGUGGCCAACAAGAGUCAGGCAGCGCCUGUCCUCGUCGAUGGGAAGUUGAUGGAGUGGGGAGAAGGAGGUGGUGGGGAUACUCGUAACAUGGAAAAGGAGGAGUUGGACCAUCGCGCAGGGAAGGAGAAGGAUGACCACGUGUGCAUGAACGAGCUUGCGAGGCAUUGGGGCUGCAUGCCGCUGCGGUACAGCUACUGGCGUGCUGUACCCGACGUAGAGGAGGGGACUGUGUCCCAGAGGUUUGAGACCCUGGGUAGUCGUGAGAAGGCUGUGAGGUCAGAACAGCAAUCUCAAUCUCCGCGUGCUGUGGAACACCGUCCGAUUGUUAAGCGACAAAUGUAUGCCUACGUAGCGGCGCUCGACACGUCGAGUCUAGUUGCUCAAGCACUGGUGCUCGCCCAGUGUCUACGGAGCACGGGGACUCCCCACCAUCUCAUCAUUUUCCUUGUGGAAGGUUGGGAGAAGAAGAACGGGACAUGGAUGACACUUGGAGGGAAGAAAGACCGAGGAAGUAGUGAGAGGAGGAGGAGCAAAGGGGAGAAGGAGAUGCGCGAGCUUUUGCAGGCUCAUUACGAUGUCGUCCGAGAUGUCAAUCGUGUGGCUGGUAGCUUUCGUCCCGACUACACCAAGAUCAAUUGCUGGCUUCUGACAGAGUACGCGAAGGUUGUGUACUUGGACAUCGACAUGCUGGUGCUGGACAACGUAGACGAUCUGUUCGAGCAUCCGGAACCAGCGGCGGGACCGAACAGCUACGACACACACCAAUUCAACGCAGGGUUGAUGGUCAUCCAACCGUCGAUUGCCACGUACGAGUCGCUGAUCGCCGCCAUUCCUAAGCUGCCCACGUACAACGGAGGAGAUCAGGGCUUUUUCAACUCCUACUUCAGCGGGUGGUUCCAUCUGGGUAGCGAUCAUCGGCUGCCUUUCAGGUGCAAUGCCAUCAUGCAUUUCGCACGAUCUUAUCAUCCACCUAGCUGGUUCAAUGUGAAUCGCGCUGACGAGUUCCUGCAGUUGCCCAGACCUGGACCAGGUGCAAUGGGAGGAGGAGGAGGCGUGUCGAACGGACUGACAGAUCACGUGGAGGCUCCUGUCCGCAUCGUGCACUUCACAGGCGGAUGGUCCAAGCCGUGGAAGUCGGACGAGAGCCCACGUGGCACGGUGUGGUGCAGGGCGUGGAGGGCGGUGGCUGCCAAGCUGGAAAGCAACGAUUGGCGGCCUGUUGAACCUCCAGAGUCCAUCGCACCAGCGCAGUUCCUUCCUCAUCGGGACUGGUACCCAGUCUACCGACGCCUAAAAGAAUCCUCCCUCGAGAACGGCCACAAACCCUUCUCUCAGUCCAUCCUCUCCCCAGACGGUUUGCAGUCGCUCCCACUUCCUCCUCCUCCUCCGCCGCCUCCUCCUCCUCCUCCUUCCUUUCCCGUGCCGCAGUUGCCUCGGAAACGGCAUGUGCCUGUGGAGGGAAAGCUUCCCAACUGGCCUGAGCUAGAUAAGGAGCCUGUCUCUUAUACACAUCUGCCUCGGAAACGGCAUGUGCCUGUGGAGGGAAAGCUUCCCAACUGGCCUGAGCUAGAUAAGGAGCUGGUGGUGACUUUGGUGAGUGAGAGCACGAUGCUAGCCGCAGGAGUCUGGGCAGAGUCGUACAGAGAACAUCACAGGGGGGACAGUUCCAGACCCAUCAUGCUCGUAGUUCCUUCGACGCUCGAUAACGACCUAUGGGCCCCUUUGGUACCCCUCUUCGACUUUGUGAGCGUCGUAGGCCCUCUGAAGGCCAAGGACGAGAAUGGAGCCGUCGUUACAUUGGGAGAGCAGUACCACGUGCUUCAUCUCUGGAACCUCACAGAAUGGUCCAGGGUCGUCUAUGUACACCCAUUGUCCCUGUUUGUUGAUAACGUGAAUGGGCUUUUUGACUACCUACCCUUCGCUGCGGCUCCAUCUGGUUUCCCUCCUGAUCAGUUCUCGUCUCGAGUUAUGGUCAUUCAACCCUCAAGGGAAGCCUUGGGUGAUCUUCUGGCGAAGGCCACCGCCUUGCCCAACACUGCUGGGCCCAACGCUGAGGGAUUCCUUAACGAGUAUUUCUACGACUGGUACUACAGGUCAUUUCGGCACCGCAUCUGGCCGUCCUUCAAUGUUGACAUGUGGUUCAAGCCGAGUGGGAUAAGGUUCUUGAGACCCUUCAAGAUCUUGUCACUCCGUGAGGAGAUGAGGCUUUGCGAGCCUGCGGCGAAGGACCUGACCCCCGAACAAAGGGAAGCUGUAGGACUGUGGCAGAAACUAUCUUGCAGCUUGAACCCUAGACUCAGAAGUCUCGCACAGAAUUGCACAACGGUGUGCUCCGAUAUCGAUCACGGGUUACAGACACAAGAUUGACUGUACCUUGUAGACCGGCAAGAUCCAGAAGUGUUCCUUACAAGACUUGGAGAAGGAAGAACUCCAUUUUGCAGCUCGAGUGCACUUUCUUGAUUUGUGUGUGCCAUGCUUGUGUUGAAGCGAUGACAAUAUUCUCUCCGUCCUUCAACUCAAAGACACGUGUGCUACGGGUGCAUGUCAGUACAGGAUGACCGCUUCAGCAAGCCUUUUGCCCGGAUUGGCUGCUCGGUGGGCAACCUGCCUCAGAGUUCCCAGAUCUCUCUCUCUCUCCCAAACAGCAUUGUUUGACCCAGACCAGGAGCAUUCUGUCUGAGCUGAGAUGUUUUGUUGCUCCCAAAGACCUUGUAAGGCGCUCUUAGCUUUUGGAUAGUGUUUACCUGAGGUCACUGUGAGGUAGGUGUCCUUUUUGCUCUCUCUUAGACUCUCUAGCCAUUGCCAUGGAACUC